AUGUCAAGAAUCUAUCGCGCUGAUGAUGUAGGCCCGUUCGUAGCACUGAAGCAUACAAUUGUCUACGGGGAUUCGGGCCCACAAAAGGUCGACCUUGACAUACAUGAUACCGACGUGGUCUUCGACUACUUCCUCGGCAGUCAAACUCUCAAGAUUUUACAUCUCCAAAAUGUGCGGGCAGCUACUUUGACGAUGGCUCAGUCCGCAGUUGAAGACUUCCUCGACGAGUUAAGGGCGAUUGACAAGAGUAACGACAAGUCUCCUCGUAGAAGAGGGGACAUUUAUGUCGAGAACUUCGACACCGCUCAUGGUGAUCUUGCCAACUAUAUUAGGGCUCAGACCAAAGAACACGGUCCUCGCUUCAAAUGGUAUGGCGGUACCUUCCCACGUGAAAGCCUCCGCCGUAGCUUGAAUAAGCCAAACCUUGUCCUGGGUUUCGAUAAUGAGGGCCGCUUUGACAGGAUUUAUGGAUCACACACUGUAACUCCGAGGGGUGACCCAGACACUUCCGAUGGGGGGACCAAUAGCAGUGACUCAGAGGCUUAG